CCGUGUUUCCGGUUGGGCAGAGCCAGUCGGACCUCAGACUGAAAGAUGGGAGUGAAGCUUUACUACACCACCGUUACCGCCUCUCGCUCGGUGAAGUCCCAGCAGGCCGAGGUGAUCCGGAUCCUGGACAGUAAGAGCAUCGUGUACGAGCUGGUGGACAUUUCUGUGGGGGGGGAAGUCCGGGACGAGAUGAGGAGCAAGUCUGGAGACGCCACGGCUGUCCCCCCCCAGCUGUUCAACGAGGACCAGUACUGCGGGAACUACGAGAUGUUCUCCGAGGCGGUGGAGGCCGACACCGUGGAGCAGUUCCUGAAGCUGGCGUGAGCCGGGUCUCCUCCGGUUCCCUGGACCCCCUGGAGGACCUGGACCCCCCUGGACCCCCAAACCCCCUAACGUCGGAGGCCCCGCCCCCCUAACCCCCCCCUCAACGCCAAGACGAGGGACGCCAAACCUCUCCAAUCAUCUCCGAUCAUCUCCGAUCCGACCAAUCACACGGCACAUUCCCCCCCGGCCAGCGCCGGGACUCUAACGUCUUAAUUCUUUUAAAUGUGUCCUUUUUUUCUGUGAUGUUUCUGCUCGCGUCGCCCCGGAAACCGGUCUAGAACCGGUUCCAGGAACCAAUCCGCUCUGUAGGCGUCGGGUCACAUGACCUCUGCAGAUCAAACUAACCGCUGAACGUUUAACGUUUAACCCAGAACCGAGUCUUAACCAGAACCUGCGUGUUUCUCAGCAGUUCCUGGUUCCCGCGUUACCGUGACGACGCUGCACUUCCUGGUUCCCGCGUUGCCAUGGCGACGCUUCUGCAUCCUCAUUUAACACCCGGAACCAGAAUUCCAGCUGCUAAAAUCCUGAUAAAUAUGAUAAUCAUGCCGACGAUGAACUUAACCCGCUCACGUUUCACAGGUAUUAAAAUAAACGAUUAAUCUAAAAUAGUUAUUCAUUUAAUAAAUAACGUAGAACCAGAAAACCUCCGAUUUAUCCAGAGGUUUUUCUGACCUUAGGUCGACAUUUAAACGGUAUUUAGUGGGAAUUUAAAGGAUUAUUUAGGUUUCAGCCUGUAAAAAAAGGAAGAAAUUAAUCAGUUUUAGCGGUAAAAUGAGUAAAAAACAGUAGUUUGAGCAGGUGAACAAACCUUUUUAUGAACCAAAUCCGAUCAAAGGGAUGAACCGGAACCAGAACCGGUUCGAUGUCGGAGCGGCAGAAUAAACUUCCAAAUGAAGCUUUUAUUCUGAAAAAUCAGACGUUUCCGACCCGAUCGUUGGGAAACUCGAAGGCUUUUCAUGUUUAUAUUCAUUCCAUUUACUGAGGUCUGGGUCGGCUGUGACCCCUGACCCCUGAACCUGCACUGGGACCCGGUACCGGCCCGUACCGGACCGGUACCGGUCCGUUCACGUCCGACCCAGAUCCAGCCCAAUCAUCCAAACAUUCCACCCGGAGCUGCUUUGCUUUUGCCUCCCGGCCAAAGAGAGAGAGAAACGAGGGAACGAUGCUGUUUGUCUUCCAAGAAGAUGGAAAUGUGAUUUAUUGGUUAGAAAAUUAAAGAGUUGAAUCAG